UAUAUAUAUUCUUUUUUUAUUAACAUUUUCCUUUUAUUUCUUUUUGCAGCACAACCAACAUCGACCAAUACAUUGAAAGAAGAUGCAGUAGAGGAGGUCACGAAGGGUGUAGAUGCCGUGACUGUAGCUGAUGCAGCACCAGUUGAAGCAGCACCAGUGGAAGUAGUACCAGUGGAAGUAGUACCAGUUGAAGCAGCACCAGUUGAAACAGCACCAGUUGAAACAGCACCAGUUGAAACAGCACCAGUUGAAGCAGCUUCAGCUGAAGUAGUUGCUGAGGCUGCAGCUAGUGAAACGGCUGUCGAGACGCUCGCAGCUGAGCCAGAAAGUGGAGAAAAUGACAAGACGAAAGAGGAAGUUGAAGAGAAUAAGGUAGAGGAAAAGGUAGCAGAGGUAGUCGAAUUAGCAGUGGUCGCUGAUGCGGUGGCCAGCCAGGAGUCUGCCCCGAUGAAGGAAGCAGAAGAAACACAAGACGCAGUGGUGGAGGAGAAAGAAGAGAAAAAGGAAGAAGCUGAAGAGGCAGCAGCCCCCGCCACCGCCGCCGACACUGAUGCUGUGGAGGCUCCGUCUGAGGAAGUCCCGUCUGUGGAAGCCCCGUCUGAGGAAGCCCCAUCUGAGGAAGCCCCGUCUGAGGAAGCAACCCAGGCUGUUGAUGAGACAGAAACGACAGAUGUAGCAGCUGCUGAAACAGCAUCCACUGAAAUAGCAGCCAAUGUAACAGCUGAAGAGGAACACACAGGUGAUACAGAAGAGGAACUUGGAGACACAAUUGUUGGUCUCCCUGAUGGUGAUGAUGAUGAUAAAGUUCCCACUCCCCCCCGUGCUACAACGCCAGACUCAAACACAGAACACACAGACGACAAAAAGACAGAAGAAUCCACUGAAGGUGGCAGUGAAGACGUGAAGGUCAGCCCCGAGAACGAUGACCCCAGCACCCAAAACUAGACACACACACACACGCAGUGUCAACACACAACAUUCUGAUGUUUAUGUCAACCAAGAUGGUCAUGUGUCCAGCCAGCAUCCCCUUAAAAUGUCCUCUAUUGUCUCCUGAAUUGUCCGCACCCCAGUUCAGAUUCAACUGCUGUCCCUUUUCAGGGUCCUCAAACAUUGACCCUCCACUAAUGUAUCCAACAUCGCCCCCUUCCACUGUCCCGCAAAUGCUGUCUCCCUCUUGUGUCUCUGAAACCAUGUUCAUAUACAGCCCUUUAAAACUGUCCUCUUCCAUUGUCUCCCAAGACAGUCUCUCUAAUAACCCCUAAUCUAUAUCCCCCCAGUGUCUCCCUAAUUUGUCCUACUCUUGUAUCCCUUCAUAUUGUCAUACAUCAGUGUCUCCAACACUGUCCCAUUUUUAUGUCCCCUUAAACUUUUCCUCUAAUGUCUCCAUAUACUGAUCCCACGCAGCCUUCUCUAUCCCUUUAGUGUCCCCAAAAUUGUCCUACAGUUCUCCUCCUCUACUGUCCUUUUCCCAUGUCUCCCAAUAUUGAUUCUUUAGUGUCACUGGAUACUGUCCCUUUAGAAGUCCCUAGUACAAUAAAUAUUUCCCUUUAUUCUCCCCCAAUACUGUCCCUCAAGCAUUCUCGAUACUGUGGCACAUCAAUGUCAUAUUUCUAGUGUCCCCCAGAGCUGUACACCUUCAGUGUCCCCUAAUGCUGUCUCACAUCAGUUUUUCACAACACUGUCCCUUUAGUGUCUUCUUUCAGUGUUCCCCACCAGCGUCCACCUAACUCUGUUUCCCUCUAAUGUCCCCUUCAAGUGUACCCACUAAUGUCUCCUAUUCUUUCUCCUUCUACUGUCUCUCUACACUGUCACUCUACUGUACCCUCCCAAUCCCUAACAUGGUCCCUUUCAGUGUACUCCCUCCAAUAUCAUGGCCCCCAAAAUUUCGCUCCCUCAUCUCCUUAUAUCUCUCAACACUGGCCUCUUUUUAGCAGCCCCGUCUAGUGUACACAUCUGGUAUCUCUCCAAAUCUGUUCCCCUCUAGUGUCCCUUACUCCUUCAGUGUCCCACAAAUUCUGUCCUCUUCAAGCAUUCCCACCACUGUCCCAUUCGUGUACCCUCUUUGAUAUUCUGUCCCCGGUGUCAUCAAACAGCCACCAAAACUGUCUACGCUCGGGUGUCUCCCAGCAUCGUCUCCCAAUUCCGGUCUCCUCGUUCACAAAAAAAAAAGGUGUCUACUUUAUGCCACAAUCCUCUCUUAUAAUUUACAGAACAAUAAAAUAUUUCAUAUAUUUUACA